ACAUAGGAACAAGUAAAGCAUGUCCAUAAGAGACCUCAUGCCAGAUUGUUAAAAUUUUUCACACAAUUUGUGAUUUACUUAUGAUAAUUUUUAUAAAUAAAGUUUGUGCUAGUGACUUACUUAAGUAUACACAAUGGGUAAAGCGAAAAAAGGCCGUAAAGGAGCUAAAGGGGAUGACAGCGAAUCUGAGCGUGAGGUAGAAACCCAGGAAUUGACUGAUAAAGUAAACUCUAAAAAAUCUAAGCCUCCAAAGUCUAAGCAAAAUCAAGAUGAUGACAGUGACGAAGAAGUUCCAAAAAAGCUUCAAACAAAGAAAACUGCCCCAAAACCGAAGAAGGAAAAGAAGAUUGAUAUUUCUGAUGAGUCCGAUGAUGACGAACCCGUGCCAACUUCAAAAGUGCAAAAAUCAUUUGCACUUCUGAAGGUAGAUGAUAGUGAUCCUGAAGAAAAUAAUCCAGCUGGUGAUAGUGAUAGUGAAGUUAAAAUCGUUAAAAGUGACAGUAAGAAGAAAUCUAAUAAAAAUAGUGAUGAAAAUAGGACUAAAGAACAAGGUGGCAAAAAGGGCAAAAAAUCUCGAAAAAGACGCGACGACAGCGACGAAGACAUAGAAAAAGUAUUAGCUGAAUUAGAAUUAGAAUAUUCAGGCGUCAAAAAAGAAGAUAUACCGAAAGCUGAACCUGAAAAACCUCCAGAAGAGAUUAAACCUAAGAAAAAGCAAGAAAAAGAACCAUCUGUUGAACCCGCCGAAGAUAAAAAUGAAGAGCCUGAAGAAACUAGUACAGUAAAAACUGCCGCGCAGAAGAAAAAGGAGAGAAAAGAAAGAGAGAAACUCAAAAAGCAGGCCAAAAAAGAGACUUUGAAGAAACAAGACAGUACAGAAGCAGAAGAACCUGCUAAGAAAGUCACAGAGAGUAUUGAAACAGUAGAACAAGAACAGGAAGAUGGCGAAAAGGAAAGUAAAAAGAAAAAAAAGAAGGGGGCCAAGGAGGAGAAAGAAAGCAAGGAACCCAAAAAAGGACCUGGAAAGAAAACAAUAGCUGCAAUGCAAGAAGCACUCAAGAAAAUUAAGGAGGAAGAAGAGAGACUUAAACGUGAAGAAGAAGAACGCCUGAUAAGGGAGGAAGAAGCAGAAAAAGCACGUUUGGAAGCAAUCAGAUUGGAACAAGAAAGAAAAGAAAAGAAGAAACAGAAAGAAAAGGAACGCAGAGAGAGAUUGAAGGCUGAAGGAAAACUUUUAACCCCUAAACAAAAGGCUGACAGAGCUAGAGCUCAAGCAUUGAUAGACAGCCUUAAAGCGCAGGGUGUUGAAUUGCCAGAUGUAGGAGUCAAAAAACCCAGACCUGGAACUAGAAUCAAACCAACAAAGCAACAAAAAGAGCAAAUUAAAGACUCUAAACCGGAAGAAGAAUUGGAGGAACCAAAAGUGGAAGAAACUCCAACAGUCGAAACGGACGUUCCAAUAAAAGAAGAACAGCAAGAAAAAGAACCAGAGGUAGCGGAGGAUGUUAAAGACGCGUGGGAUGCGUCCUCAGACGAAGACGGAUCAGACGAAGUUACACCUCCAGUUCGUGAAGACAAGUCAAAAACUAAACGUAAAACUGAAGAAGACCAAGACAAAAGUAGUUCGGAAGAAGAAUCUGAAGGUUCAGAUACAGAAGACUCAGAAUCUGAAGAUGAAGAUGAUGAUGAGGAUGAAGAAGAUGAAGAUGCAAAAACAGCAGCGGAAAAAUCAAGAGAUAGGGCGGUGGAACGUAUUAAAGCAAGAAAGGAGGCGGCAGAAAAGGCUAAGAACGUUGAUAAUUUGCGAGCUGGCAUUGUGUGCGUUCUUGGUCAUGUAGAUACUGGAAAGACGAAAAUUUUAGAUAAACUAAGAAGGACCAACGUUCAAGAUGGAGAAGCUGGUGGGAUUACACAACAGAUUGGUGCUACUAAUGUUCCUAUUGAUGCUAUCAAAGAACAAAUCAAGUUUGUCAAAGGUGCUAGCGAAAUGGAGAUGAAGGUUCCAGGUCUUCUCAUCAUCGACACGCCAGGUCACGAGUCUUUCAGCAAUCUAAGAAGUCGCGGUUCAUCCUUAUGUGAUAUUGCUAUUCUAGUAGUAGACAUUAUGCACGGUUUAGAACCACAAACAAUCGAAUCAAUCAACCUUCUAAAAACCAGAAAAACGCCAUUCAUCGUAGCCCUAAACAAAAUCGACAGACUUUACGACUGGCAAACGAUGAGCCGAAAAGACGUACGAGACAUAAUCAAAUCGCAAGCAGCAAACACCCAGAUAGAAUUUGAACAGAGAACUAAAGAAGUCAUAGUGCAAUUCGCCACACAAGGCUUAAACGCCGCUUUAUACUACGAAAACCCUGACAUUAGAAGUUACGUUUCUCUGGUACCGACAAGUGCAAUCACCGGUGAAGGCAUGGGCAAUCUUCUAGCGUUGAUCGUUGAAUUUUGCCAAACCAAACUACCGAAACGCCUUAUGUACUCGGACGAGCUACAAGCCACCGUAUUGGAAGUAAAAGCGAUCCCGGGGUUGGGUACCACCAUUGAUGUAAUUCUAGUCAACGGGACGCUAAGAGAAGGCGAUACCAUGGUAUGUGCGGGUACAGACGGGGCGAUCGUUACUCAAAUUAGAUCUUUACUGAUGCCCCAACCGCUUCGAGAACUCAGAGUCAAAAACGCGUAUGUUGAAUACAAAGAAAUCAAAGCGGCCCAAGGAGUUAAAAUUGCUGCUCGGGAGUUGGAGAAAGCCAUCGCCGGAUUAAAUUUAUUUGUGGCCCAGAAAUCGGACGAAGUUGAUAUACUCAAAGAAGAUGUUACUCGCGAGUUGAAGUCGGCUUUGUCCAAAAUCAAGCUGCAAGAACGGGGUGUGUACGUGCAGGCGUCGACGCUGGGUUCGUUAGAGGCUUUGCUGGAGUUCUUGCGUACCAGCAAAAUUCCGUAUAGUGGAAUUCGCAUCGGCCCUGUGGUCAAGAAGGAUGUGAUGAAAGCAUCUAUCAUGUUGGAGCACGAAAGCCAAUAUGCUACUAUUUUGGCGUUCGAUGUCAGGGUUGAGAGGGAUGCUCAAGAGCUGGCUGACACCUUGGGUGUUAAAAUUUUCCAAGCGGACAUCAUUUACCAUCUCUUCGACAAGUUCAUGGCCUAUAGGGAAGAAUUGAAGCAAAAGAAACGCGAAGAAUUCAAACACAUCGCCGUUUUCCCUUGCAAAUUGAAGAUCUUACCACAGUUCGUUUUCAACUCGCGUGACCCUAUUGUCGUGGGCGUCAUGGUAGAGGCGGGAAUCGUUAAAGAAGGAACUCCCAUAUGUGUCCCCAGCAAAGAGUUCGUAGAUUUGGGCGUGGUUACCAGCAUCGAAGUGAACCACAAAAACGUGGAGAACGCCCGAAAAGGCCAGGAGGUCUGCAUAAAAAUCGAGCCAGUUCCCGGUGAGGCUCCCAAGAUGGUCGGGAGACACUUUGAGGUUACGGACAUGCUCGUCAGUAAGAUAUCAAGACAGUCUAUCGAUGCCUGCAAGGACUAUUUCCGAGACGACCUUGUGAAAACGGACUGGCAGUUAAUGGUGGAACUGAAAAAACUCUUCCAAAUUUUGUAACAAUUACCUGUAAGAUGUCACAUUCUUUAUACUUUCGGUUUUUAGACACUUUUAAACAUCGGUAUUUUAUUCUGUAAACGAUUAACAGCCCUGCUUCUUAGGCUUGGUUUUAUUUGCAGCACGUUUAGGUAAUUUCAGUGCUAUGUAUAUUUGUACUGUUUGAUGUGUAACUUCUUAUCUUACUGCGCGAUACAGUCUUACGAAGAAGUCAAAAGAUUACCAUUUUUAACCUGCCAUUGUGUUUUAAUUUCAUCAUUUUAAGUUAUAAUUUGUUAUGGGUUUUUUUCAUAUAAAGUGGUUGAAAUGAAUGUAUAUUUAUG